AUGAAACUACCACGACCCAUUCAUCUGAUUCUGGACUGGGAUGGUACCCUGACCCGCAAAGACACUCUGUCGCUAGUCGGCAGUAUAGCAUACCACGCCAAUGCCUCGAAAUCUCUACCACCAUGGUCAGAUUUUGUGAAUGGAUACAUGAACGAUUACACCGAGCACGCGUCUCGCUAUGAGCCUGUUGCAACUGCCAGAACAAAACUCGAUCAAGAGCGGCAAUGGCUAGCCAGCCUCACAUCUAUCGAAAGCAAAAGCGUCCAACGCGUCGAGUCCAGCGGUAUAUUCAAAAACGUCAAGUCCAGCCAUAUCGACCACAUCGCUGCCUCUUCCAUCAGAAACCAUGACUUGCAACUCCGCAGUCACUGGAAUUCCUUGUUCCAGACUGUGUUGUCCCAUUCCUCGAAUACUAUCAGUAUAUUGAGUGUAAACUGGAGUGCGCGCUUUAUUCGCCAAUCCCUGCUCUCCGCCUCUUCGACCCUCACAUCUCCAGAAAGCAAAUCACUGCACUCCUACAUUGAAACAAUGGACAUUAACGCCAACGAAAUCUCCGAUCUCGAUCAUGCAUCAGGAAGUGACGGCAAACUAUCCAAAGACUCUAGCACGGGUAUCCGUACCUCAGCAGACAAACUCUCUCAUCUACCUCAUCGGUGUCAACAAAGACUUGACAAGUGCGCAUCAACAAGAGACAUGAUGAAUCGAGAGCAUGAAAUUGUGGUAUACAUUGGAGACUCGGCUACCGAUCUUGAAGCUUUGCUUGCUGCGGACGUGGGCAUUUGUAUCAGGGAUGAGCCUAUGGGUAGCAGUCAGNGGGAAUUAUUUGACACGCUUGAAAGAAUUGGGGUGGAUGUCAGAGAUAUUGAUGAAGGCAUAGAUUUGAACAAGGCAAUAGACGGGCAGAUGGUGCUUUAUUCGACAUAUGGACUUGAUCAGGUUGCGAAAGCACUUUCAGAGUUGGAUCUAUAA